AUGAAUACACCUUUCAAUAAUUUUAGAACCCAUUCUGCUACAUGUGGUCAAUGGCUAAUGAAGAAUCUGAAUCUGAACCUUGACUUAAAAGACGUUUCACUGUUAUCUUUUGGUGAAAUUGUGUGCUUAACAUCACACAGCACAUUUAAUUUCAAUAUCCUAUAUACUUUUUCUGAAGCAUUAAUCGUAUUACAAUUAACAAAUAAUUUACCCAAAGUGGUAAUGAAAAACAUGUGCAUCCAGAGCAGUGAGGGAUUAUAUGAAAAUAAUGGUUACAGGUACCGCUUCCGGCUUAUGUUCAAUGCAGCUCUCUACUGCCCAGUUGAAGUAUCAGUUGACAAUCAUAAACUAUUGGUCAUUGGCAGUGAAAGCUCAUAUUUUGAACCUAUUGAAGUGGACUCUUUUAUAAUAAAUGGUGGUGAGCGUUAUGAUUUUGUGAUUGAGGCUAAUCAGGCACCAGGAAACUACUGGAUGAGAUUCCGUGGAAUGGGAGAUUGCCAUAAAACUGAAGAAUCUUCUGGCAAGGCGGUAGAAGCUCAUGCAGAGGCUGUACUACAUUAUGACGAUGCAGCUGUGAACACAACACUACCUGAUGGAAUUCCUACUUAUGAAGAAGGCUAUGCCUCUGGAGUGCUUUUCAACCCAGUUCAGGAAACUAAGCCUGAUUACCUUGCAAACAGAACUAUUAUUAGAGUUUCUGAUCUUACAAACAUUGAUACUGAUUCUGCAAUGAAUGUUAGUGGAGAUCCAGAUAAAACAGUAUACUUGGGCUUUGACUUCAAAUCUUAUGAUUCACUGGAGAUACCAGGCCCAUAUCCUCAAGUAAACAACGUUACAUUCAAAUAUCCAUCAGUGCCUUUGCUGACCCAGAGAAACUUGAUAUCUUCUGAAAUGUUCUGCCCAAAUAUACAAGCUGAGAGUAGUGACUGUUAUGAUGAAUUCUGUAACUGCCCAUAUGUUAUCGAAUUUGAUUUGGGUGACCUUGUGGAAAUUGUGCUUGUAGACACAAGCGUCAUCAGAGAUCAAGACCAUCCAUUUCACAUGCACGGUUAUCAUUUCCAUGUGGUUGCUAUGGAACCUCUAGAAGAAGAAGAAGAAGGACCUGUGACAGUUGGUCGAGUAAAAGAAAUGAAUGACAAUGGCGCAAUACACAAGAAUCUUGAAACAGCACCUCUUAAAGAUACUAUAUCUGUUCCAAUGAGAGGUUAUACAGUCAUUAGAUUCAUAGCAGACAAUCCAGGAUACUGGUUCUUUCACUGUCAUAUAUCAAAUCAUGCAGAACUUGGUAUGGGUGUAGUACUGAAAGUUGGUGGGCAUGAUGAGAUGGUAUCAAUUCCAUCAGAUUUUCCUCAGUGUGGAAACUGGAAGUGGACUUACCAUGAAGAAGCUGCUGGAUCAAGAUCCUAUGGAAGUUUACUGGCAUUGUUGCUUUGUUUGUCUCUCCUAGAAAAAUUAUUGUAUACAAUAAAUUUAAAAAUUCUUGAAUUCUGUUUUUUAAAUGCUAUAAAUAUUACUCUAAACUCUGAGAUAUUUAAGAUGCUCCACUAUGUUACAAAUUUAGGAUGA